AUGGCGCCCGGAACUGUUUCUCUUUUUCAGUUUUGCACGGUUUCCUUGUUAGUUAAGUGUAGCGCUCGAAAAACGAUAGAAAUGUCAUUGUAUAAAAAAGGAUAUUUAAUGACAGAAAAAAAGGUUAUAACAGACAUUGACAGAAGACACUUUGCCACAGUUUUCCGUCUUUGCGACCAAGGACAGAGAGGCUACCUGAGCAGAGAAGACCUGAAGAUGGCCGUGGUCAUGCUGUUUGGCUAUAAGCCCUCCAAGCUAGAAGCAAACACUCUCAUGGAGCCAGCCCUGAAAGCCAGUUUACCAGGUGUCCCCAUGGACCACUUUGUGUCGCUGAUGGGAAGGAAGCUCUCCGUUCAAGAUCCCUAUGACAGAACGAGGCAGAUCUUCAGUGUCUUCGAUGCACACUGUCGUGGUUUUCUGACCCCGGAGGACUUCAAAAGAGUCUUUUCUCGCCUGGCUCCCCACCUUCCAGACCGGACCAUACAAGAGGCCUUCAGGGAAGUGGACCAAGACUCUGAUGGACACGUCAGCUUCCAGGACUUUGAACGUGUGGUCGGCCGGCCCGAAGACCAGCCCUAGUUGACAUCUUUUGAACAAAUCGGAGUAGUCAUCGUGACCAGUCGUGGAACCCAGCAAAUGAUAAAGAUGUGUUGCACAAGCAGAGUAAUGGCAUCUGCAUUUACGCUCUUAUCUGACACUGCUGGCUCAGCGUCUGUGUUGCCUAGUGCGGUGAGGAAGGCACUCGAGAUAUCUGUGAGCGGUCACCAGGCUUCCCUGCGCUACAUCCGUCCACAUCUGAAAGGUAGAUCUGUUUGGGGCAAAUUAAACAAUGGGUGUUGUAAUCAGACUCGUUUUAAUCAUUUCUAUAGAAGCCACUCACCGCAGCCGCGGCGUGUUUCCGCAGCGUAUCCAGAGUUGUGUAUUAAAUAAUGCUUGUGAGCUUCACCACCCAUCUAAAUAAAGAUGUUUGUUUCUAUA